CAACGCCUCACAUUUCAACAAGAACAGAAUACAAUAACAAAAAACGAACCCGACAAGUAAACAUAGGGACCAAAGAAGAAAAUGAGUCUCGAAAAGAGACAACGACGGGCAUGGCAGGAUUCGAUGACAUUGGGAUCAUGGAGACCGCGGUGCUCCACCAUGCACCGGCGGGACUGAUUGUAUCGAUCGAUGAGGAUUAUCCGCCGGUGAAGACAUAUGAGGAUGCGAAAUAUGUUUGUUUGGUCGAGUCUACAAAGCUUUGGGGAAUUGCUGGUCCUAUUGCCUUCAAUAUUUUGUGCAAUUAUGGAAUGAAUUCAUUCACAAGCAUCUUUGUUGGUCAUAUUGGCGAUUUGGAGCUCUCAGCCAUUGCCAUUUCCUUGAACGUUAUUGCCAAUUUCUCUUUUGGCUUCUUGCUUGGGAUGGGAAGUGCCCUCGAGACGCUAUGUGGGCAGGCAUUUGGCGCGGGCCAAAUGAACAUGCUAGGAAUCUACAUGCAACGCUCGUGGAUAAUCCUUUUCGGUACAUGCAUCGUUCUACUCCCACUCUACAUUUGUGCUUCUCCGAUCCUCAAGCUCCUCGGCCAAGAGCCUAAAAUCGCGGACAUGGCCGGGAAAUUCUCCAUCCAAAUAAUUCCCCAAAUGUUCUCUUUAGCCAUCAAUUUUCCAACUCAGAAGUUCUUGCAGGCCCAGAGCCGAGUCGGGGUUCUGGCUUGGAUAGGCUUCGGGGGUCUACUUUUCCAUGUCGGACUUUUGGUUUUGUUCAUCAAAGUGUUCGACUGGGGCACGGCCGGGGCGGCUGCCGCGUACGACGUGUCGGCUUGGGGAAUCUCCUUGGCUCAGGUGGCUUAUAUUGUUGGGUGGUGUAAGGAGUGCUGGAAAGGCCUCUCAUCGAUGGCUUUUAAGGACUUGUGGGACUUUGUAAAGCUUUCAAUUGCUUCUGCAAUUAUGCUUUGCUUGGAGAUUUGGUAUUUUAUGACCAUUAUUGUUCUUACUGGCCACCUUGAUGAUCCCAUUAUUGCUAUUGGUUCACUAUCUAUAUGCAUGAAUCUAAAUGGAUGGGAAGGCAUGUUGUUUAUAGGGAUUAAUGCAGCCAUAAGUGUUCGAGUAUCGAACGAACUUGGAUCGGGGCAUCCGAGGGCUGCAAAGUACUCCGUCAUUGUGACGAUCGUCGAGUCGCUUUGCAUUGGGCUUCUUUUUGCAACGCUCGUCUUCGCAACAAAAGACUAUUUUGCAAUCAUAUUUACGGACAGUAAAGAGAUGCAAGAGGCAGUUUCUCGUUUGGCUUUCCUUUUAUGUAUAACAAUGGUGCUCAACAGUGUUCAACCGGUGAUAUCAGGUGUGGCUGUUGGAGGAGGUUGGCAAGCAUUGGUGGCUUACAUUAACUUGUUUUGUUAUUAUAUUGUUGGCCUUCCUUUUGGGUUCCUCCUUGGCUACAAAACAAGUUUAAGAGUGGAGGGCAUAUGGAUUGGUAUGAUAUGUGGGACAUCCUUGCAAACAAUGAUUCUUCUGUUUAUUGUUUAUAAAACCAAUUGGAACAAGGAGGUGGAGCAAACAUCAGAAAGAAUGAAAAGGUGGAUGGGGAAGGAUAAUUCAAUGUCCUCGAAUCCAACAUGA